AUGGAGUCCUGUGAUUGCAUUGAUACACAAUGGCCCCAUGAAGAACUUCUUGUCAAAUAUCAGUAUAUAUCGGAUGUUUUAAUUGCCUUCGCAUACUUCUCGAUUCCUAUCGAACUUAUAUACUUUGUACAAAAAUCAGCAUUCUUUCCAUACAGAUGGGUGCUUAUGCAGUUUGGUGCCUUCAUUGUUCUUUGUGGAGCAACCCACUUUAUAAAUUUGUGGACAUACUCGAUGCAUUCCAAAGCUGUUGCUGUGGUGAUGACUGUUGCAAAAAUUGCUUGCGCUAUCGUAUCAUGUGCAACUGCUUUGAUGCUGGUCCACAUUAUCCCUGAUCUACUGAGUGUUAAAAGACGGGAAUUAUUGCUGAAGAAUAAGGCUGAACAACUUGAUCGGGAGAUGGGUCUUAUUCUCACACAGGAAGAAACUGGAAGGCAUGUUAGAAUGCUGACUCAUGAAAUUAGAAGCACCCUUGACAGGCAUACUAUAUUAAAAACCACUCUUGUUGAGCUGGGUAGGACCUUAGGCCUUGAGGAAUGCGCAUUGUGGAUGCCUUCAAGAACUGGUUUGAAUCUGCAACUUUCUCACACCCUGAACUACCAAAUACAAGUGGGAUCUUCUGUACCUAUAAAUCUGCCUAUAGUCAAUGAAGUCUUCAGUAGUACUCGAGUAAAGCGUAUACCAUAUACAUGCCCGUUGGCUAGGAUCAGGCCUCUUGUAGGUAGGUACUUGCCACCAGAGGUUGUUGCUGUUCGUGUACCUCUUUUACAUCUGUCAAAUUUCCAAAUUAAUGAUUGGCCUGAACUCUCUGCAAAAAGCUACGCAAUCAUGGUUUUGAUUCUACCAACAGAAAGUGCUAGAAAGUGGCGGGAACAUGAAUUGGAACUUGUUGACGUUGUAGCGGACCAGGUAGCAGUCGCUCUUUCUCAUGCUGCUAUUCUUGAAGAGUCUAUGCGGGCACGUGAUCAGCUAAUGGAGCAGAAUGUUGCUUUAAAAUCGGCUCGUCAAGAAGCAGAAAUGGCAAUACAUGCUCGGAAUGAUUUCCUUGCCGUCAUGAAUCAUGAGAUGAGAACACCGAUGCAUGCGAUUAUUGCUUUGUCUUUACUUCUUUUAGAGACUGAACUAACUACCGAACAAAGAGCAAUGGUUGAGACAGUAUUAAAGAGCAGUAACCUCUUGGCAACACUUACUAAUGAUGUGCUAGAUCUUUCAAGGCUUGAAGAUGGAAGCUUAGACUUAGAACUUCAGACAUUUAAUCUUCAAGAGGUUUUCAGAGAGGUUGUUAAUUUGAUAAAGCCCAUAGCAUCUGUUAAAAGGCUGUCUAUGACUUUAAUUAUGGCCCCAGAUUUGCCUGCAUGUGGAGUUGGUGAUGAGAAACGGCUUAAGCAAACUAUUUUGAAUGUUGCGGGCAAUGCUGUCAAGUUCACGAAGGAGGGUUAUGUUUCAAUUGUAGUUUCUGUUGCAAAACCAGAUUCUUUGAGAGACUGGCAGCCACCUGACUUCUACCCGAUGCGGAGUGAUGGCCACUUCUAUCUGCGAGUGCAGGUUAAGGAUUCUGGCUGUGGUUUUCUCCCACAAGAUGUCCCGCUCCUUUUUACUAAAUUUUCUCAGCUGCGAAGUGGAUCUAGUCGAAGUAAUGGUGGUGCGGGACUUGGACUUGCCAUUUGCAAACGGUUUGUAACUCUCAUGGGGGGCCAUAUAUGGAUAGAAAGUGAAGGCCUCGACAAAGGUACUGUGGCUACUUUCAUUGUCAAACUUGGACUCUGCAACAAUCCAGAUGAUCCAUCUGUGCACCAAGCUGCGUCUAGAGGGCGAGCAAAUCAUGGAAGUGGAGAUCUCAUUGGACAUAAGCCUCUGUUCAGAGAUGGUGAUGUGGUUGCUUCUUCCAAUCCACGUUAUCAAAGAAGUCUUUAG